UCACAUGACCGUAUGGUUCCCGUGUAGCGUAUGAAUGAAUGAACAGCAUAAACACACAAGGACUUGACACGAGUGGUCGGUUGACAAAUUGUGUACAGGAAUCACUAUGGAUUUUAGGAAAAUAGCAGAGGGGGUUGCAGACAGGCUACAGAAAUAUUACAAAACGGCAGAAGGCUGGACAUCCGCAAAGAAAUCGAAAAAUUUUGAAAUUUCCUACAGACAAUCAGAAGAAUUUUCUGGGCACUUAUAUAAAGGUGAGGCUAUUUACAACUGUCCUCCUAAAACUGUAUUUGACUAUGUGGAACCCUUACCAGAUGGUCCCAGGGCAAAAUGGGACACGAACAUGAAGAAGAUCGAAAUCCUAAAGUGGAUUGAAACACCUGAUUUAAGAAUCAAUCGUGCCUGUACAGCCAGCGCCAUGCUUGGUCUGAUCUCACCUCGCGACUUUGUGGACCUCAUUCUAGUGCGAGAAACCGACGAAUGCUUUUCUACCAAUGCUAUCAGUAUUGAAUAUCCUGAAUGUCCAGAGGUCAAAGAUCAUGUGCGGGGUUGGAACUGGUCAUGUGGCAUGAUCUGUGUCAAAUACCCAGACGAUCCAAACAAGUGUAAAUUAGUCAGCUUAAUUCAGCCAGAUAUUAAGGGGAUGCUCCCCAAAAACGUGGUGGAAUCUGCCAUUCCUGGCUCCAUGGUGGAAUUCUUCACUAAACUGGAGGAAGCACUGAAAAAGGACGGCAAGAUAUCGAGCUGAAGGACUAGGACUAGGGUCAGAGAGGGGUCGGGGGAGGGGACCGUGACAUGUUGUGUAUAUUUGUGUUGUUGCCCGGCCAUCUGGGGCCGUGUUGAGGUAAUACGUAGUACCUUCUGUUCCGGAGUCAAAAGCGCUAUCAUUAUGAACAAAGUUCUUCAUCAACAACGCUUUAAUUAUGUUGAAUAUGUUCAUGAUAUGAUAGCACCUCGCCCAUUACAUUUUCGAUCCAUAUCUUGAAUUUAUUUGUUUUUAAUGUAUAUCUAAUGAUAUCUUAAGCCAGAUGUCAUACCUUUGAAAUCGUAAAUACAAUUUUUAUAGUGCUAAUUGUUAGAUUUAGUAUAAAAAGACAUAUAACAUUUCUAUGAGGCGUGGUCUUUCACUCUAGUAAUGAACUUUUAUUUUUGGCCCUAACAUGGAACACUGGAAAAGCAAGAUAUUGUCUAAUCUUUUAAUUUUUUGAUGUUCUUGUUUCCGAAUAUUAAAAUUACCGAGAAAAAGCUCUUUGGGAUUUAAAAAAAAAACACACAAAAGAAAUCAAAGUCUUAUAUUCAUGUAAACAAAGGUCUUAUAUAUAUUCCUUGUCGUCUGAUGCUUCAUCCACCGCAGUUUGAAGUUAAAUGAUUAUUUUAUGUAUUGUCAUAAAAAGUGUAAGUCGUGAGGUGAAGAGGACUUAAAUUGUGAACAUUUUUCGUAUUUUACAAAUUAAAAGAAUUUUUAAGUAUUUAUUGUACACAGGUUAUUUAUUUUGAAUAUACAAUGUAUGUAAAACAAAUAAAUAUAAAUGUAUGUUUA